AUGGCAAUUGAAGGUGAGGAUCUUUCAAAAACGGCACUUCAUGUCAAGAAAGCACUUGUAAGAGCCAAGCAAAAAUAUGGACAACCGUUUAUUGCAGCAAUCGCUGUUAUUAUUCAUGAGGUAUCUCCUGGCAUGGCGAAAUACUUGAGAGAAGCAGAGAGAGUCGGAUGGAAAGACGUUCCCGUCGAUUUUGGAGACCUUGUUCAAAAGCUUCAGGAGAAGUAUAUGCAAACAAUAAGAAAAAGAUCGAAAAUGAACGACUUUAUGAAAGUCAAAUUGCAGGAAAAAUAUGAGACGGCAAAAUCCGAGUUGAAUCCUAAAAAGACAAAAAAGGAACUCGAGGAAAUUCUGACUGCCGACGACGUGGAUUUCGUCGGAAAUUAUAUUGAAGGAGUUCUCGGUCAAAAGGAAAGUGGAAGUCAAGAUAUUUCAAAAUCCGCACUUGCUGUUACGAAAUCCCUUCAUAGAGCGAAAGCAAAAUUUGGGAAUGAGUUUACUGAAACCAUCGCGGCGAUUCUUCACGCAAUAUCUCCUGCUACUGCGAAAUACUUGAGACAAGCAGAAGGAAACAAAUGGCGGGACGUAACGCGCCCUCAGUUCGAUUUUGAUAAUUACGAUCAAAACAAUCAAAACUACGAAAAAGCAGUUACAGAAAUGCAAGAACCUGUCAAAGCUAAACUGCAAGAAAAAUACGCGCACGCAUCAAGAGUGAUUGAUGAGGCUGUGGAUGAAACUGGUGACUUUCAAGUCUUCUAUGAAAAGCUAGUCUUCAUUUAA